UCCCCCCAUUCAACCACUCGCCUCUCUGUUCCAGUGUGUUUACUACACUGCCGAGCAUAAGGGAGACACUCGUCUUCACAUGCACAGAACCCACUAAGAAAAACAGUUUUUAGUUGUAUUUGUAAGAAAACCUCCAAGAGAUCAACAUGCCCAAGAGAAAGUUACAGGGAACAGAAGGAGGAGAAAAGGAGGAGCCCCAGAGGAGAUCAGCUCGGUUAUCAGCGAAACCGGCCCCACCCAAGCCGGAACCAAAGGUCAAGAAAGCAGCAAAGAAAGAAAAGGCUGUGAAUGAUAAGAAGGAGGACAAGAAGACCAAGAAGGCAAAGGAGAACGCAGAGGCAGAGGCAAACGAGGAAAACCACUCUGAGAACGGCGAGGCCAAGACCAACGAGGUGGAGGCAGCCCCCGAGGAGGCCAAGGAAGAGGCCAAGUCCGAGUAGCACCACUGCCCAAGCUUCCUCCUCCUCUACAGUCCCUCCCCCCCAAACCCCCCAGCCAGCCAGCCAGCCCCCCAAGUCUCUCACAUGGUUUCCCUCCAAGGCGUAUUGUUAACAGAGGAAUAUUUUUAUCAAUGAUUUUAUAAGUAUCCGUACAGAUUUUUAGCACAAAAAGCAAAGCUGAUUAUGGAGCGCCUUGCAGAUUUGCAGUGGUCAUAUCAAGUGUCUGCAAGCAAGAUGAACACACUAAAAUCUUUUUUAAAUGGCAUUUCAUGAUUGUUGAAGGCUUGUUUGGUGUAGAAAGUGCGUCCCUGCCGGAUUGGCUAUGUUGUGAGUUGUGUAUUCCUGUGUUUUUCCGCCCUUUCCCUGACCCCCCCUCUUCCCCUUCUUCCUCCACAGAUUAGACCUUCCUCCCCCUACAGUUCAGCCUUUAUCCAUGUUUUAUUAACGGUUCAGCCAUGUUAAUGUGGGUGAUUCUUUUAGACCUCUAAAUGUGCAGUGAGUUCCCUUUGCUUCUGUCUCAUGGUCUUGUUUUUUUUUUUUUUUUUUUUUUUCAUUGAAAUCGUGUUUUAAAAAAAAGCGUGUUGAAGAGUGUUGUCCAUAAGAAAGAGGAAGACGAACAUGUGAAACAUUCCGGGAACAGCGAUUGCCUCCGACCUGUCUCCUAGACGACCCUGCGUGUAAAACAGCUCCUGCUCCAUCCACGCUGUCAUGUCAGCUUUUCUAAACACUCUGGUUUUUUUAAAACGAUUGAAUUUGGAAACCUUCUCUGACAAAUGCAGGUGUCUGGUCCCUCUCUUAUGUUCUGAAAUUCUCUUAAUAAAAAGAAGUCCUGGGAAUUUUCCUCGAA